AUGAUUCAUCAUGGUUCUCCUCAUCAACAACUACCUGAAUCAUCACCUCCCAAUAAUAAUAAUAACAACAUGAUGAUGAUGAGCGGUAGUUACAUGUCGACAUCAUCGACUUCAGCACAUUUCCUUCACCAAACUCCACCUUCACCAACUUCCGUUCUCUCCUCCUCUAAUACCAUCACUCUAUCUUCAUCAUCUUCGGCUACUACUACAACAACAAUUCAAAAUUCAAAUCAUAACAAUAAUAAUCAAUCUUUAAAUUUUUCUAAUGAACAACAACAACAUCCACAGCCAGCCACCUCCUCCCGAAUUCAAUCUACCUCCUAUAAUAAUUCAUCGAGCCAACUUCCAAUCUUUCUGUCCUCUGCUGCUUCCAAUGCUUCACCCGUAGCCUUUGAUCAUGUUCUUUUCUAUCAUUUUAUGGAAGAAUCAAAGCGCGCCAAUCUUUUACAGAUCAUGUUGGAGGGAAAAAAAGCCUCAACAUCAACCUCGCCACGUUCUAUUGUCUCUUCCUCACGCGAUCAUCAUCAAAUUCUUAAUAAGCCAAAUAAUAACAGCAAUGAUGAUGGCUUGCGAUUAAAUUUGAAUGCUAACAAUAGUAAUACGGAACAAUCUUGGCUUACGAUGAAUGUAAAGAAUAGUCAAGUAGCUUGUGAGGUUGCUGAAAUGUUGAUUAGAUAUUCGGCUGAUACAAAUAAGAGGUGGCUUUUCCAGAUGGCCACAGUAAAGGCUUCACUGAAUGAUGUGUCGAUUGAUGAGGUUUUGCAUCAUUUAAUUUGGCUUGCAAGCUCACAUGUGCCUCCUCCUAGUGUAACAUCAAGAAGAAAGAAUUCAAAUUCACACAAAUCAGCAACAGGUGGUGAAAACCAAAAUUCAUUGUCAACAGGACACUCGUUUAAGAGAAGAAAUUCUAAUAAGAACUCCUCUACUGCACCAUCUUCAUCAUCAACCACAAAUGGAUCGAUUAUAGUGACAACAACAAAACAACCAGAUCAUGGUUCGAUCAUUUCACAAAACGGAAGUAACAAUAGAAAUAACUCUCUCUACUCUUCAUCUGUGAGCUCAGUAUCAUCGAUAUCGUCAUGCUCUACCGAUAGAACUCUUUCAAUGCUCUCCAAUGCUUCCUCAGUUAUGGAUGACGAGGUCAGUGAUUCACCAAAUACAAUAGAUUCCAUUCCACUCCACCAAAAUCCUUCUCCAUCAGAACCAGUUAAAAUAAUCAGAAAGAUUAUUCGUAAAGUUCCAACUGUAAACUCUCUUGGUACAUCUCCAAUGUCACCAAUAACUCCAAUCAAUUCUCCUGCCCUAUCAGAUAAUGGAUCUGAUUAUUCCUCUUCACCUAUUUCUCGACCACAAAUUGUACAAAAAGGAAUAAUAAGAAAGGCCACCGUAACAACAAAAGUAGUCAAAAAGUCUCCAGGAGUUAAAUCACCAGCUGAAAUUGCGCAUGAGAAGGAGGAUAGAUACCACUGUGAUCAUUAUAGAAAUGGAAAUGCUUUCAUAUUGUUGAUUCCCUCAUGGCCAUUGAAGAAGGAUUAUCAAAGAAUUGAAUCUUUCAUUGAAUCCAUUCACAUGAUCAAAGAUACUCCAGAUUUUCCAUUAAUUAUCUACAUUCAUACUUAUGAAACUGAAUUGGAAGACAAUUUAUUGCUGGAAAAUUUAAAUUUUGUAAAGGAAAAACUUGUGAAAAUUGUAAAGAAUUCCAAAUUGACCAAUUAUGAAAUUAUUGCACAAUUAGAUGCAACAGAAGAUCAAUCAUUCAAAAAUCAACAAGAAUUAGCAGCAAUUCAAGCAUGUUUCAACAGAUUCAUUCAAAACUCACUUUCCAAUUUUGAAUUAUUACAAAAUGUAAUUCUCUAUCAAGAUCAAUAA